CUCUGGUUAUAUGUUAUGAGGCGAAGCAGGAAAACAGUGAUCAAAUAAAAGUAAAAGCUAGCUCUGUAUAAAUGCAACAAAAAAAAAAAAGAAAAAAGUGACGUCACAAAAAAAUCUGGUAUUAAUAAGGUCACGCCAAAAAUUGUUUCAGUCGCUGUCAAGAGAAGCUGUUGCUGAAGGAAAUGAGCUGCCCAUGUUGUCCCCGCAUUUAUAUUCCGCGAGGUCCACGACUUCGCAUAGUAUUGAUUGGAAAAACUGGAGUGGGAAAAAGUGCUUUGGGAAAUACUAUACUUUGCAGAAAGGUUUUUGAAUCAAGCCCUUCUGCAACCUCUGUCACUGAGCGGUGCAAAAAAGCAAUGGUCUGUAACAAAAGAGAGAUUUAUGUGAUUGACACCCCUGGAAUCUUGGAUACCAGCAAAUCAAAAGAACUCAUCAAAAGAGAAAUAGUGAGAUGUAUACAGGUCUCAGCACCAGGUCCUCAUGCGUUCCUGCUGGUGAUACAAAUUGGCCGUUUCACUGCUGAGGAGCAAAGAUCAGUCCAGGCCCUGCAAGAGCUCUUUGGAGAAGAAGCUUCAAAAUACAUGAUAGUGGUCUUCACUCAUGCAGAUUUACUUGGUAAUCAAACAGUUGAGGAAUAUGUGAAAACCGGCCAUGCAGAACUCCGUAGAGUGAUCCAGAGUUGUGGUAGUAGAUAUGUUGCUUUUGAUAACACUGAAAAGAACAAUCGAGUUCAAGUAAGAAGAUUAAUGGAGAAAAUUGAUGAAAUGGUGGCAGCAAAUGGGGGAGAAUGCUUCACUCAGGACAUGUUUAUAGAAGCGGAAGAAAAGAUUCAGCAACAGAAAGUGGAGAGAGCAGCCGCAGAGCUUCUAGAGUAUCAGUUUAGCUUUCUUGGGAUUCUUGACAACAGAGUUGCUUUGUUCCAACAAGUAUUGAUGGAGGGUCUUUUAGAACAGGCCGCUCUUGAUUAGCAGCACUUCUGAAAAC